AGUCAAAUAUCUAGACUAAGUUCUAAUACUUUCUUUCUGACAGGAAUCCACAGGAACUCACGCACCAGCAGUCAGUCAUCAUGUCAGACAGAGGUGCAUUUGAUACCAAUGUGGUGACCCUCACCAGAUUUGUCUUAGAAGAGGGUAGAAAAGCCAAAGGAACUGGGGAGCUUACAACCCUUCUGAACUCCAUGUGCACAGCCAUCAAAGCCAUUUCCACUGCUGUCAGAAAAGCCGGGAUUGCCAAUCUCUAUGGAAUUGCCGGGAGCACAAAUGUUACAGGUGACCAGGUGAAAAAGUUGGAUGUCCUGUCCAAUGAUCUUGUAAUAAACAUGAUUAAAUCCUCCUUCACAUCCUGUGUUUUGGUUUCUGAAGAAGAUGAGAAAGCAAUCAUUAUAGAACCAGAAAAAAGGGGCAAAUACGUGGUUUGCUUCGAUCCUCUGGAUGGCUCUUCAAACAUUGACUGCUUAGCUUCUAUUGGAACCAUUUUUGCAAUCUACAGAAAGGAAAGUGAUGAUGAACCCUCAGAGAAGGAUGCCUUGCGGAGCGGCAGAAACAUUGUGGCAGCAGGGUAUGCUCUUUAUGGCAGUGCUACCAUGCUGGUUCUCUCCACAGGCCAGGGAGUCAACUGCUUCAUGCUUGAUCCUGCCAUCGGUGAGUUCAUACUUGUGGACCAGAACGUCAGGAUUAAGAAGAAGGGAAAGAUCUACAGUCUCAAUGAAGGCUAUGCACAGCAUUUUUACCCAGAUGUCACAGAAUAUCUGCAAAAGAAGAAAUUCCCAGAGGAUGGCAGUUCACCCUAUGGAGGGCGCUAUGUGGGCUCCAUGGUAGCUGAUGUGCACAGGACGCUGGUUUAUGGUGGAAUUUUCCUGUACCCUGCUAAUGUCAAGAGCCCCAAGGGCAAGCUGAGGCUGUUGUAUGAGUGCAACCCCAUGGCCUUCAUCAUAGAGCAGGCCGGAGGUAUGGCAACAACAGGAGCCAUGAAUGUUCUCGACAUCAAACCUGACACAAUCCACCAGAGGGUUCCUGUAGUGCUGGGCUCCCCUGAUGAUGUGCAGGAGUAUAUCUCCAUCUACAAGAAACACGCCAAAUGAGAUGCCACCAGAUGAGCAUCUUUUGCAAUCUACUACAACCAUCAUCAUCCCACUGAACCUCAAAAACAAAUAGUGAAACCAUAAGGACAAAACAUGAAACAUCUGCUAUCUGUAUAUAUAUAGUAGGGAACAAGAACUUUCCAUUUUAAGUUUCAGUGUACAUUUUUUUUACUCUUAUGGCCCCUAGUUAUAUGAUUCAUAAUAAUUUAAAGUGAUUAUAAAUAUAUAAUCUGAUACCGUUCAAUGGAAAGUGACUGAUAUUAAAUCACAUCUGUUCACCUUGAAAAUAAAAUCAGAACAUUGUCUGA